CUCUCUCCUCUCUAUCUCCUCCUCUGCUCUCCUCCUCCCACCUCUCCCUCCCCAACAGGUUGGAACUGAAAUGGAAUGCGUCGAAGCGGCUCUGAAGACCAGUAUUAGGAAGGAGAUGGCUGUGAAGGCGACCGGCCCACAAGUGGUGGUUUUCGACGACUUCUUGUGGGGCGGCGCCGUCGUCAACGGCCAAAACGCUUGCGACGAUUUCUCAGUCGACGACCUUCUCGACUUCUCCAACGAAGACGGGUUCGUCGAAACGGAGGCCGAGGAAGAAGGCGAUAAGGAAAAAGUCAAGGGCUUUGUCUCCGUUUCGCUCCAAAAGCAGAACCAGGAGACGGAAAAGUCCAAUUUGUCGGAAAAAAUCGAACCAGCGAGCGAACUCAGCGUUCCGGCGGACGACUUGGAGAACCUCGAAUGGUUGUCUCAUUUCGUCGAGGAUUCCUUCUUGGAAUUCUCCACGGCUCUUCCGGCCGGGUUCUUGCCCGAGAAGCCCAAGUCCGAGAAGAGACCCGACCUGGAAACCCCUUUUCCGGAAAAGCCCUGUUUCAAGACUCCAGUUCCGGCGAAGGCCAGAAGUAAGCGGAGGCGGACCGGCGGCAGGGUCUGGUCCCUUGGGUCGCCGUCGCUCACGGAGUCGUCCUCGAGUUCGAGUUCGUCGUCAUCCUCCUCCCCGUCGAGCCCCUGGACCAUUUACCCCGCCACCCAGAACCAGGAAUCGGCCGAACCGGUCUUGUCUGUUGAGAAGCCCCCGAGGAAGCCGAAGAGAAGACUGGUGGACGGAAGUUCGAGCCAACCGCCGCGGCGGUGCAGCCAUUGUGGGGUCCAGAAAACCCCUCAGUGGAGAACCGGCCCGAACGGAGCCAAGACCCUCUGUAACGCAUGCGGGGUCCGGUACAAGUCAGGCCGGCUCUUACCCGAGUACAGGCCUGCAUGCAGCCCGACGUUUUCGAGUGAGUUGCACUCCAACCACCACCGGAAAGUUAUAGAGAUGCGGCGGAAGAAGGAAGGCCCGGGCACGCCCGAACCCAGUACGACCAUACUUCCGGCGGUGCCCAGUUUUUGAUUAGGAAGUAGUUCCACCAGAAAAGGAUGAAAGUUUAGUUAGCAAGUAGGGAAGAGAGGACAGUGAACCGGGGUUAGAUUAAACCCGGUUCAACCAGGCCGAGUUAGUGUACAUUUUUACCGUUUAAUUGUUUUUCCUUUAUCUUGCUUUCAUGGCGGACCGGUGGUGGGUGCGGUGGGUUUGUAGGGAUGUAACUGAAUAGGCAGGGGACUUUACUAGUUUACUUAAUUUGUUCUUAAUUUUAAAUUAUAUUCCUUGUUCGUUUUAGUUUGCUAAAAUCCGUGUGUUUUAUGGUGAUUUGAUUUUAAUUUUUCCCUAAUUUUAAGUUUCAGUUA